ACCGACACAGCCUGGCCGAUGGUCUCCAGCGAGCCGCUGCUGCUGCCGGUGUCACUGGAGGGCGAGUUCUCCAGUAGCAUGAAGGAGAUGAUCGGCGGCUGCUGCGUGUGCUCCGACGAGCGGGGCUGGGCCGAGAACCCGCUCGUCUACUGCGACGGGCACGGCUGCAAUGUCGCAGUGCAUCAAGCUUGCUAUGGAAUUGUUCAAGUACCCACUGGACCAUGGUUUUGCAGAAAGUGUGAAUCUCAGGAAAGAGCAGCCAGAGUGAGAUGUGAAUUAUGCCCUCAUAAGGAUGGUGCUUUAAAGAGAACAGAUAAUGGGGGUUGGGCUCAUGUGGUUUGUGCUCUGUACAUUCCCGAGGUGCAGUUUGCAAAUGUUUCUACAAUGGAGCCUAUCGUGUUGCAGUCUGUUCCUCAUGAUCGUUACAAUAAGACAUGCUAUAUUUGUGAUGAACAAGGCAGAGAAAGUAAAGCAGCCACUGGUGCUUGUAUGACAUGUAAUAAACAUGGAUGUCGACAAGCUUUUCACGUAACGUGUGCACAGUUUGCAGGACUUCUUUGUGAAGAAGAAGGCAACGGUGCAGAUAACGUCCAAUACUGCGGCUACUGUAAAUACCAUUUUAAUAAACUGAAAAAGAGCAAACGGGGAUCUAAUAGGUCAUAUGAUCAAAGUUUAAGUGAUUCUUCCUCUCACUCUCAGGAUAAACAUCAUGAGAAGGAGAAAAAAAAAUAUAAAGAGAAAGAUAAACACAAGCAAAAAUAUAAGAAGCAGUCGGAGUCCUCACCAUCUUUGGUUCCAUCUCUUACUGUAACUACAGAAAAAACAUACACAAGCACUAGCAACAACUCCAUGUCAGGCUCCUUGAAGCGGUUGGAAGAUACCUCAGCUCGAUUUACAAAUGCAAAUUUCCAGGAAGUUCCUACACAUGUUUCAAGUGGAAAAGAUUCUUCAGAGGCUAGAGGGUCAGAGAGCAAAGGGAAGAAAUCUGCAGGUCACAGCUCAGGUCAGAGGGGAAGAAAGCCUGGUGCUGGAAGAAAUCCAGGAACAACUGUGACUGCAGCUAGCCCUUUUCAGCAAGGAAGCUUUUUGGGCACUCCUGGGAGCAUAAAGUCAUCUUCUGGAAGUUCAGUUCAGUCUCCCCAAGAUUUUUUGAGUUUUACAGACACAGAUCUGCGAAGUGACAGUUUCACACAUUCUCAACAGGCUUCCUCAACCAAAGAUGUACAUAAAGGAGAGGCUGGGAGCCAAGAGGGAGGAGUCAAUUGUUUCACUUCCUUAAUUGGGCUCCCUUCCUCGUCAGCAGCUGUUCCCCAAUCUAAAAACUUUGACAGCUCACCUGGAGACAUAAGUAAUUCAAGCCUUACUUCUACAGCAUACAAACGAGCUCAAACUUCUGGACUAGAAGAAGAAACUGUAACAGAGAAGAAACGGAAAGGAAAUAAGCAAAAUAAACAUGGGCCUGGUAGACCUAAAGGAAAUAAAAGUCAAGAAAGUCUUUCCCAUCUUUCAGUUUCUUCUGCUUCCCCAACUUCAUCUGUGGCAUCUGCUGCAGGAAGUGUGACAAGCUCUGGUCUUCAAAAAUCUCCAACUUUGCUCAGGAAUGGAAGUUUACAAAGUCUUAGUGUUGCUUCAUCUCCAGUGGGUUCAGGUAUUUUUAGCAGCAAUGAUGUAGCAGUAUCAUUUCCAAAUGCAGUAUCUGGCUCAGGAUCUAGCACUCCCGUUUCCAGUUCUCAUUUACCUCAGCAGGCUUCAGGCCACUUGCAGCAAGUGGGAGCUCUAUCACCUUCAACUGCGCCUUCUAUAACUACUGUUGUUGCUGCAACUCAGGCAAACACCCUACCUGGAUCUUCUCUCAGUCUGCCUCCAUCCCACAUGUAUGGCAAUAGGCUGAAUCCAAAUUCAGCCAUGGCAGCACUUAUAGCUCAGUCUGAAAACAGCCAAGCAGAUCAAGAUCUCGGAGAUAACGGCCGAAGCCUUGUUGGCAGAGGAGGAUCACCCAGAGGAAGUCUCUCACCACGAUCCCCUGUGAGCAGCUUGCAGAUUCGCUAUGAUCAAUCAGGGAAUGGUUGUGGGGAAAAUUUGCCCCCAGUAGCAGCCAGCAUAGAACAGCUUCUCGAGAGGCAGUGGAGUGAAGGACAACAGUUUUUAUUAGAGCAAGGCACCCCCAGUGACAUUUUAGGAAUGCUUAAAUCAUUACACCAACUUCAAGUUGAAAAUAGGCGGUUGGAAGAGCAGAUAAAGAAUCUGACUGCAAAGAAGGAGCGACUGCAGCUUCUCAAUGCACAGCUUUCGGUGCCCUUUCCAACAAUAACUUCCAACCCCAGCCCUUCUCACCAAGUACAUGCCUUCCCAGUGCAAGCACCACCUAGCACUGAUUCCUUGAACAGCAGUAAAAGCCCUCAUCUGGGAAACAGUUUUUUACCUGACAAUUCUCUUCCUGUAUUAAAUCAGGAGAUAACCUCCAGCGGACAAAGCACCAGCAGUUCAUCAGCGCUUUCCACUCCACCACCUGCUGGGCAGAGUCCGGCCCAGCAAGGCUCGGGCGUCCCCGGAGUUCAGCAGGUCAAUGGUGUGACAGUGGGGGCACUGGCUAGUGGUAUGCAGACUGUAACCUCCACCAUUCCUGCAGUGCCGGCUGUGGGUGGAAUAAUUGGAGCACUGCCAGCCAGCCAGCUGGCAAUCAAUGGAAUUGUAGGGGCUUUAAAUGGGGUAAUUCAGACCCCAGCAACAAUAUCACAGAACCCUUCUCUCACUCAUGCAACCGUGCCACCCAAUGCAACACAUCCUCUGCCAACCACGCUAAAUAACAGAGCAAGAGAGGCAGGCAGAGCGAUUAAAGAGAAGGGACAACAGCAGCAGAAAAAAGAAGUGCAAAGUGCCUCGGGACUAGGAUUGCUUUCUGACCAACAGAGACAGCUAUUACUUCAUCAACAGCACCAGCAAUUUCAGCAAUUACUAAGUACCCAGCAACUCACAUCAGAACAGCAUCAGGCCCUUUUGUAUCAAUUAGUACAGCAACAACAUCACCAUCACCAACACCAUCAGUCUGAAGUACAGCAGUUGCAGAUUACUGGAGGAGCACAGAUACCCAUAAACAACUUACUUUCAGGCACACAGGCCUCACCACUUAAUGCAGCUGGCACCAAUCCAUUCCUUUCAAUUCACGGAGAUAAUGCAGCUCAGAAGGUGACAUAUUUUCUCUUACACAGAGGCUCAAUGAUAAAACUGGACCAGUUGCGUCAGAGAAGAGUUGACAUUUGAAUGACACUUGAGCCCUGCACGUCCUGCUGUUCUAGCACUUCAUGUGGCUGCAAACCCUGGGUUCCCUUUCUGCAGAUUGAAAAAGAGCAACAAGGAACUCUUACUGCAUAGCAAGAGGUUAAAUUUUCAUACGGAUAUUUUUGGUAGGCUUUCAUUUCCUUUCUUGUUGCACUAAAAUGGAUAUACUUUUUAAUGUCUCAGACUGUGAAGUAGAUAAAACUCUACAAAUCAUAAUUAUUUUGUCACUAUGAUGGUACUAAGUACAAAUUCAACCACGGAAGAACAUACACUUUACUCUUCAGUCCUGAUCUCACAGAUGUAAAGGCUAUAAACUGUUUGCAGUGAUGCAUUGCUUUGGUUUCAGAGCAGUAGUUUUAACAGCCCAACCCCAGCCCAUCUGAACUGCUGCUGCAGUUAGAAUGGAUCCUUUUAGACUGAGCUUGUCAUGGCAGCUGGGACUUGCUGUUCAUAAUUUCUUUUUUUACACAACUGUUUUGGAAGCUGACUCAUAAGGGAAUUGACUUCUGAACUUUUUAUUCCUUUAAAUUCCUAUUGUUGUACAGUUGGAGUUUUUCUUGAAUAAGAAUUAUGGUAUGGAAUCCAAAGUUUAUUAAUUUUGGUGUAGGUUUUAGAGUUCUGAGGUUUUUAAAGGAACCAGUUUGGUUCCAGUGACAAAGUUUUCUUACCAGAUGAGAAGGCCACACUGGAAGAAGUUUGUGUAGUGUUUGGCCUAAACCAAGUGCCUGUUGCUACCUCCAUUUUGUUGAAAUGGCUGCAAACAGCUGAUCAUGCACUAGACGUGUCCUUGUUAGCAGCAGGAAUACUCUGUCUUGCACCAGCAGCCUUGUUCUGCCUUUCCUAGAGGUGUUUAUGCCACUGUAGAGAGCUCAGGCAGAUUGUUACCUGGGUCACUUUUCACUAAUAAAUUACCAAAAAAGUGAGUUACCAUUUCCCACUAAAAUUUCCCAGUGGGUGAAACGGGUGAACUUGUGUUACAACACUUGGGGCAGUUGCUGAUCUCGUGGUGAGUCUAUGCAGGGUGGUGAAGGACAGUUUAAAUGGGGGUAAUGACCACUAAUCAAGAGUGAGGUGGGAAUUAUUAGCAGAAAAGACCCAGCUGUAAUUAGACCUCCACUGUGUACUUAUUUGGAAGAACAUGUUAAUUCUGCAAUAUGUUUCUUAGUUAAACAUUGCACAGUUCUUACCUCAUUUCUGUAAAUAAAGUUUUGUGAAUCUGUUUUGUAUUGUGAAGAAUUCAUAAGAAAACAUUGAUAUUUUGAUUUGUAAUAUUUCUAAUUAGUAGAUUUAAUUGAAAAAGUAAAAAAUAAUUUAUUUUUAUAUGUUCUGGGGAAUUUUUAAAAAAAUGUCACAAAUCACUUUUGUAGAUACUUUACAAAAGUAAACCAGUGGUUUAUUUUACUUACUCGCCCCACUGGUGGAUAUUCUGUAACAAUUUGUACAAAAGGUAAGAUGGAAAUGUGCUGUUAUUUUGACUAGAUGUAAAAUUCCAAGUGUAUGAAAAGAUAUGUACAAAGCUUUUGUUAAUAAACUUUAAUAAUGUUUAUCAUUGUA